AUGGGAGUGGUGACACUGGAGGUGCUGGUUCUAGGGGUGCUGAGUCUGGGGGUGCUGAGCCUGGAGGUGCUGGUUCUGGGGGUGCUGAGCGUCCUAGUGGUGGUGAUGUCGUUGGUGCUUUUGCUGGAGGUUCUGGGGAUGGACAGCAGCAGCAGUCUCGUCAGCAGGAGGCUCUCUUGUCACAGCACCUUCGCGAGUGGAUUAUUCGGCGGUUCCGCUCUGGUGGCGGAGCUAGAGGUGCUGGAGGUGAUGGAGGGCGCUGAGACUGGAGGUACCAGCGCUGGAGGCGCUGGAGUUGUAGGUCCUGGUGUAGGUGGUGCUGGUGCUGGAGGUGCUGGUGCUGGAGGCGCUGGAGCUGGAGGUACUGGUGCUGGAGGCGUUGGAGGUGCUGGAGCUGCUGGUGCUGGAGGUACUGGAGCUGGAGGUGCUGGAGGUGCUGGGACUGGAGGUACUGGUGCUGGAGGUGCUGGAGGCGCUGGAGCUGUAGGUCCUGGCGCUGGAGCUACUUGA